AUGCAGUUGUGUCCAAAGGAGCUUGACAAGCUCGUCAUCUCGCAGCUUGGCCUUCUUGCGCAACGCCGACUUGCCAGGGGAGUGAAACUAAACCACUCUGAAGCUACCGCAUUGAUCGCGAACAAUCUCCAAGAACUUAUUCGCGAUGGAAAUCACACGGUCGCAGACCUCAUGUCCAUUGGCAAGACCAUGCUUGGUCGUCGCCAUGUACAGCCCUCUGUUGUCGCUUCGCUCGCCGAGUUGAUGGUCGAAGGCACCUUCCCAUCCGGCACAUACCUCGUUACCGUCCACCACCCCGUGUCCACCGACGAUGGAGACCUUGAGAAAGCGCUAUAUGGCUCGUUCCUGCCCGUUCCCUCAAACGACAUGUUUCCGCUACCCGAUCCGGACGUAUAUGAGGAUACGAAGCAACCAGGCGCUAUAGUGGCUGUGAAGGGAGACGCUGGAAUCAUCAAGCUGAAUGAGGGGCGCAAGAGGAUCAAACUCAAGGUCAAGAGUAUGGGAGACCGACCAAUUCAGGUCGGAUCACAUUAUCACUUCAUCGAGACGAAUCCACAACUUCAAUUCGACCGCGUGCGAGCGCAUGGCUACCGCCUCGAUAUCCCCGCCGGCACGUCGGUGCGCUUCGAGCCUGGCGAUACCAAAACGGUCACCUUGGUACAGAUUGGUGGGAACCAGAUUAUAAAGGGCGGAAACUUGAUCGCUUCAGGCUUUAUCGAGGAUAUGUCCGUCGCAAAUGGCAUCUUGGAGAGGUUGAAGUCUGGUGGCUUCCUUCAUGAGCCGGAACCGCAUGGCGAUGCUGCGCACAUCGACAUCUGCACCAUGGAGCGACAGGCUUACAUCAGCAUGUUCGGCCCAACGACCGGCGAUCUGGUUAGGCUAGGAGCUACAGAUCUCUGGAUUAAGGUGGAGAAAGACAUGACACAGUACGGCGACGAGUGCGCUUUCGGAGGAGGAAAGACGCUGAGAGAAGGCAUGGGACAGGCUGGAGGUCGAUCGGAUAAAGACUCAUUGGAUACCGUCGUUACAAACGCUUUGAUUAUCGACUGGUCUGGCAUCUAUAAAGCCGACAUUGGAAUUAAAGACGGAAUCAUUGUUGGCAUUGGCAAGGCAGGCAACCCAGACGUGAUGGAUGGUGUAGAUCCCAACUUGGUGGUCGGUUCGUGUACUGAUGUCAUUGCUGGCGAACACAAGAUUAUAACGGCGGGCGGUAUUGAUACUCAUAUCCACUUCAUCUGUCCUCAACAAGCAUAUGAGGCGAUAGCAUCGGGUGUCACGACUGCGCUUGGUGGCGGCACGGGACCUAGUACAGGUACGAAUGCGACCACCUGCACGCCCGGCAAGACACACAUCAGGCAGAUGCUACAAGCACUCGAUGAAUUGCCUCUGAAUUAUGGGAUCACAGGCAAAGGGAACGAUUCUGAUCUACGGCCCUUGCAACAGCAGGCUGAGGCAGGAGUCUGUGGUCUCAAAUUGCAUGAGGAUUGGGGAACUACGCCAGCAGCCAUCGAUGCCUGCCUGACAGUGUGUGAUGAGUACGAUAUUCAGACACUCAUCCACACCGACACGCUCAACGAGUCUGGUUUCGUCGAAUCAACCAUCGCAGCCUUCAAGAACAGAACUAUCCACACUUACCACACUGAAGGCGCAGGUGGAGGUCACGCGCCAGAUAUUAUCAGUGUCGUCGAACACGACAACGUUCUCCCUUCAUCCACCAACCCAACCAGACCUUACACACGAAAUACUCUUGACGAGCAUCUCGACAUGCUAAUGGUAUGCCACCACCUCUCCCGCAACAUCCCCGAAGACGUCGCCUUCGCCGAAUCCCGCAUCCGCGCCGAAACCAUCGCCGCAGAAGACGUCCUCCACGACCUCGGCGCCAUCUCUAUGAUGUCCUCGGAUUCCCAAGCCAUGGGCCGUUGCGGCGAAGUCAUCCUCCGUACCUGGAACACCGCGCACAAGAACAAAGUGCAACGCGGUACUCUUGAAGAAGACAAAGGCACCGACGCAGAUAACUUCAGAGUCAAGCGGUACAUCAGUAAAUACACGGUCAACCCUGCCAUAGCACAAGGAAUGGGCCACCUCAUUGGCAGUAUAGAGGUAGGCAAGUUAGCAGAUCUCGUACUCUGGACGCCGAGAAAUUUCGGUGUCAAGCCGUCUCUGGUAGUGAAAAGCGGAAUGUGCUCUUACGCUCAAAUGGGCGAUCCCAACGCCUCCAUUCCUACCGUCGAGCCCAUAAUCAUGCGCCCCAUGUUCGCCCCGCUCCUCCCGCAAUCCAGCAUAACAUUCGUCUCGCAAGCCUCCAUCGCUUCCGGCGUCGUCAAAUCUUAUGGUCUACGCAAGCGUGUCGAAGCGGUCAAGAAUUGCAGGAAUAUCGGUAAGAGGGAUAUGAAGUUCAACGAUACAAGGCCGAAAAUGAAGGUUGAUCCGGAGAGGUAUACGGUUGAGGCCGAUGGCAUGGUUUGUACGGCGGAGCCAGCUGAGACUUUGCCGUUGACGCAGGGGUAUUUCGUUUAUUAG